AUGCUCGCGAAGCCUCUGCUCGUGCCAUCCAAUGACGCCCUCAGAGUUCUUCGUCAAUUGGCCUUUGCAGGAUCGACCAUUGCAACAGUUGCUGUCGUGACGCUGAACUAUAAUAUUCAUCAUCGAAUUAGACUGGCGGAGCAGUGCCUGGAGACGAAGAAACAGAUUAGAGCCCUCUCGAAUGGAAACCGAGAGGCGCAUAUGGCCAGGGUCAUCGAGGCGGCCGAGAAUGGACAGGACUUCACUAUUCAAGCCAUGCGAGAGCAACGAAGCAGGGUGAGGCGCUUCAAACCAUCACUCUUAACUUCCUCUGGCAGCCAGAGCUCGGGAGCACACGAGUCUGGAAAUUCACCCAUGCCGCAGGGCGGAGAAAGCAGCCAUCACAAGCGGGAACGAACAGCUCAGAAGAUAAGAAGAGCAACCGUCACGAUGACUUCCACAGCUCCCACACAUGUUUACGGACGUCCGAUGCGUUACCGGAAGCCCACACGCUCCUGGCCUGACGUCGAGAGUGAGAAGGCAAAGGCGCUGGAUACUCAAGCUCCACCAGCAGGAAAAGAUAGGUUAUAUACAAAGCGAGAGGAUGUUGCAGAGAAAAUCAAAAGGGCAACAAUGGCAAUGACAUCGACAGCACCGGUCCAUGUAUAUGGCCGUCCGCCGAAGGCUGUGUCAAAAACUCUACCGAAUUUACAUGACUCAGUUGCUUCCUGGCUAAGCACAGCACCAGAAGACGAUAACUCGACAGACGCAGCUCCUGGGCUCACUGAACCCCUGUUGGCCAGUACUCCAAGCGAUACGAACCUAGAGCAAGUUGAAAAGACUACAUUGUUGGGUCCACCGAAUACUGAUCACGGUUUGGAAGAAGCGGCCGAACGCCUUGGCUCAUUAGAUGGCGGGAUAGAGCCCAAAAUUGUCGAUGAACCUCCCGCAGGAAAAUCUCAAACAUCUCCCAACGUGCAAGAUCAUCAAGUACAGCUUGAGUCAGGAAAUAGUUCUACAGGGGUGCUGCAAAGCAUGUUCCAGACUUCCUGGACCAUGGGUACGUUGGAAAAGGAAUCCAAUAUCAGUAAUGCGGCAUCUACAAUUGAUGAAAAGUCUAGCGCUGAUUCAGAAAAACACAGCUCUCUGCCAUUUGCGACCAACAAUUCACCUCACUAUCUUGAGUCUAAUGAGUUGGUGACCUGCUUCGAAAGCAGCCCCGCGGCGCAGGCUUUGUCGCAUGUAGAAACUCUCUCUGGUGGACUACAGUGUUUUGAUGAAGCAAAGAACAAUGAGAAUAGCCCAGUGAUGGAUUCAGCCAUUACAGAAGGUGGAUUUGUAAAUUCGAGACCACUUAGCGAAAAACCAUCCUUUCCGCGCCAGCCAGACCAUGACAUCCAACCAGAACAGCCACCCAAGAUUAACACAACACACCCUCCAGAUUUGAUGUCAUGGCCGCAUUUCCAGUCUUUGGAUGGUUCGAACGAAACCAUGGAAGAGGUACCACGAGUGGACCAACAGGUUGUAGGGUUGGGAAUGGGUGAUACCCUUUCUGAGCAGGAUCAAAUAAGAUACGAGUGGACUCCUUUCCCGCAUAUCCCUCAGGCGCCAGAAACCAUCACUAGUCUCCCAGAGCUAAAGCGCGAUGUCGUGUCUCAUGAAGGUGCAAAGGCUGAAAGCAAAGAGGCAGCUGUUGAGCCGCAUGAAGUAAGCCAAAUGUGGACUCCUUUUCCGCGCUCUCACCAGGGGCCAGAGCGGAGGACUGGUCUUCCGAACCUAGAGCAAGAUGAUAUGUCAGUCUACCAGGAUCGAUGGCCUGAAUCAAACCUUUCGGAGGAUUUGGUGGAUGGGUUGACGGAGGGUGUAGCCACAAUUCCUAACUUGACAGGAACAGGAAAGGUGCGCCUAGCUCUGGUUAUUCAUGAAGUAUUCUCAUGGCAGGGUAUGAUGGAUGGACAAAAAGCAUGGCAGGCUGCAGUCAAUUCACGGUUACAACACAACGACUUCGCUACCGUGGAUUUCCUCUACGCGGAAUUUGUCGAGCAGGGUAUGAUGAGCAUAUCCCCACGUCGUCCCAUAGUACACUCUCUCCUUCAAUGGCAUUUUGAGAGGAGCAAAUAUUCUGAAAGAGCUGCUGAAAUUCUUUUCCCCGACCGGUGCUCUGAUUCCACUGAUCUGGCCGAGUCUGACUCCUGCCAUCCUCGCAUGUUCCUUUCGAUUUCCAAGGAGAAUAGGAGGGACAGUCUGUUUGCAAUCUAUUUCCUUCGAAGUUUGUGGGAAAUAAAGGCAGACUCCGAUUGGCUCUUGCUCAACUUCCGACGAGUCAUCGUGGCGGCAAAACUCCGUGGUGUGAAGCUUGUGGAAGGAAUUUUUGCGGUUGUCAUUCGGUACCUUGCGUCAGUUGGAGAUAUGCCGACUGCACAAGCCGUUUACGAUGAGAUGGUCUUCUAUCAUCAACUCAAAGCAACUUUCCACUCGAGGACUUUGUUGAUUCGUGGAUAUGCAAGGAUAUGUGAUUGGUAUCGCGUGGAGCGAGAGAUAGAGUCUCUACAUGGUCAAGGCCUUUCUCGAACCCGCCCGCACGGCUAUGCUCUCAUGAUCAAUGCCGUGCUACAAGAAUAUGCCGCUCGGGCAUCCAUUGAGCAAUUCCAGGAUCUCCUGAUCAAAUCUAUCAGCUAUUGGGGCCUCGUUCCCACCAGCGCGAUCUCAGUAACCACUAUUCAAGCUUACCUCUCUCACCAACGCUAUGAUCUUAUCAGAGAAUGGAUGGAGACCCUUCAGGUCCUCUUUCCACAAAUUGAAGCCGAAACAAGUUCGUUCCAGUGGUCCCUUGGGUAUUCCUGGCUUCGCACUGGCGCCACUUGUGAGGUUAUCGAGAAAACAAUCAAAGCAGUGGCUUACCGAAAUCCACACACCCGACUAAGAUCCUUUUCCCUUCCCAUGGUUCAUGAGGCCCUCUCCCGGGAUCUUGCUGCUAAGCUUGACACCGCAAAGGCAAAGACAGAACCGUGUAAGCAAGGAUCCAUGUUCUCCAGCGCUGAAGGCAAUGAUUUUAUCUCCACCAAACCCCUUGACGACUAUCUCACCGCCGCCUUUUCUCUAACCGCCUCUACGGUUUCACAAAAUCUCCAACCUAGCCCAGAAGUUAUAGAGCUUCACCGUCAAGCUACCGCCGUUCAGCGCCUCAGCACCUUCCUCACCAGCACGCCCUCCUCAGAAGAAGCAGAUCAAUUCAGCUUUCCGGACCCUGGUUCAGGCACCACCACCGAAUUCGAUACACCCAAGUCCCCAGUACCCACGACCACCAGUUUAUCCCAUUUGCAAGAUAGCAUCCCCAGGAUCCUGACCGCUGAAUUUCUACCCGGCACCGCCGUUAUCAUCACCGCAGUGCUUCGUUUCUAUCAUGCCCGUGCUAUGGAAAGACUUACAACUGACCACGCCUUGCUACUGUGGGUAUGCGACAAGCUUCUACAUGCAGAUCGGGCCUUCAGUGCCACUGAUGUCAUUCAGGAGGUGUAUGGUGACGCCAUAGUUCGCCGGUUAGCCGGCCUUGAUGAGUGGGGCUCCCGCGGUGCAGUUGAUGUGGAACUCCCAGGUCAAGGAGCCAUCGGAUUCGGCAUCCAAUUCUACGAGUUUUGGAUGCGACUUGUAUGGGUGACCAGAAGCCUCUUACAGUUCAAGCGCGUGACGGCUGAGGUUCUCCGCCUUUCGAGACCUGGCCGUGAAUUCUCGUACCGCAUGGAUGACGGGACCGAGAAGAGCGUGCUGACGGGAUUGAGAAUUACUUCUUCCUUUCUAUUUCUGACGAGAUCGAUCGCGUCAAGGGGUUUGAAGAAAGAUUCCUCGAUGUGGAGGCAUGAAGACGAGGAUGUUCCUGUUAGGGAGGUGAUCUGGUUGAUCAAAGAGCUAGAGAAGAGAAGGGAGCAGCAGAUUGGGAGGAUGGAAGCUGGAAUGUGGAUGAGGACAAAGUGGAGGCACUUCCAAAAGGGAUGGAACGAAUGA